CAUCAAGAACUCAUAACGUAUAAAAGGCAAGACACAGCAACCGUCAUCAAUUAGUUGUUCUGCAGAAAUCGAAAGUUUAAGUGGUUUGAUUCUAUUCACACCUUUUUUCAUACGAAGUUUUAUCGAAUUAUCAUUAACGAUUACAAUGAAAAUUCUAAUUGUGGUUACACUGUUCGUCGCUUUAGCCGCUGCUUCAGCAAUAGAUCCUUGCGCACUAAAAAGAAUAGUUGGACGAUCAACGGAUAAUGUUAACUCAAGAAAAUGCUCCACGAGUGUUACAGAAACCGAUAAUCCGACAGAGGCAGAAAAAAAAACCGAAUCAGAAGUUGUUAAUCGACAAAAACGAUUCAUUUUCUUCCAAAAAAUAUUCGCUCCAUAUCCGGCUGUAGCCGCACCGGUUGCUAGAGUACAACCAGUCGUCACCCCAAUUGUUCAAAAAGUGGUUGCACCUGCUCCCAUCCAAUACCAAGUUAAAGUGAAACCCGUUACCUAUCAAUACACAUACACUGUGCCAUCCUAUUCAUAUAGUGUUGUAAAGGCAGUUCCAGCCGUUAGCGUUGUGAAGUCCGUCCCAGUUCAAGUUGAAACUGCCGUUCCAGCCGUUAGUGUAACUAAAACUGUGACUACAGAAGAGGCAGAAGACGACUCAUCAAACGGCUACCCUCCAUCAAGCGACUCAUCAAAUGGCUCAUCAAACAGCGAAGAAUAAAUUCAAUUUGCAUUACGCUUUGAUCAUAGUCAAUGAAUGUCUUAUUUGUAAAAACAUCUGUUUAAAUGAAAUCAAAAUAAAAAAAAUAUUUCGCUUAAAAAA